UUCAGCUCAGAAGAUAAAAUAACUGUUCAUUUCAUAAACCGUGAUGGUGACAAACUAACAGCCAAAGGCAAACCUGGGGAUUCACUGCUGGAUGUUGUUGUUGAAAAUAAUCUAGACAUAGAUGGUUUUGGUGCAUGCGAAGGAACACUAGCCUGUUCAACUUGUCAUUUAAUCUUUGAAGACCACAUAUUUGAGAAACUAGAUGCAAUUACUGAUGAAGAGAUGGACAUGCUGGACCUGGCAUACGGCCUCACAGAAACAUCGCGUUUAGGCUGCCAAAUCUGCUUGAAGAAAUGGAUGGAUGAUAUGACUGUUCGAGUACCAGAAACUGUUGCUGAUGCUAGACAAUCGGUAGACAUGAGUAAAAACUCCUAAAAGAAAAUAUCUGAGGGGUUUUAAAGAAGCUUAAUUAUUUUUCUAACUUAUUUUUAAAUGUGUAAUUAAAAAUGGAAACUU